AAACUCGACUCCAAUUCCGUUUCUUGUCACUACAUCAAGGCCGGUCUCCGACUCGUUCAGUCCGAUUAUCUUCGAACCACCAACAAUUUUCUUUCUCCGAUUGACUCCGCCGAGUCUUGUUGGGUUUCGUACCAAACCCUAAUCAACGAUUUCUUUCCCAAUUUCAAUGAUAUUCUGAAAAUCUGCGGUUUUCAGACCUCCUGGAUUGCCGAGGAUUGUAUGAACAUCACUACUCAUGAUGAAUUCGAAGGCAAUGACUCGAAAUCGGCGUUAGACGUUGCCAUAAAGGCGUGUAAUCAAUCUCUUGGUAACGGUUCGCCGUGCGCUUCUUGCACCACCAGUCUCUCAAGCCUCCAGCCUUCGAAUUUGAACGGCCGAUCAAUUGGAAACCUCUCCGAUUGCACGGCGUACCCUUCGAUUUAUGCCGCGGCGUUUAUCAAUCGUUUCGGCCCAAUCGAUGAAGGUACUGCCAACUGUAUAUGUGGUUUUGAUUUUUCUGAUUUGAGCAAUUUGAAUGGUAGAGUUAGAACAAUUGUGAUUUGUGUAGUUGUGAUAGGUUGUGGGUUUGUUUUGUUUCUGGAUUGUGGUGGGUUUUGGAUUUUACGGCGAAAAUGCGAGAAAAUUAGGGAGAGAAGUAAGGUUGAUCAUGAGAGAGAAACUAAUUUAGCUUUUGGAAUGAAUUCAAUCAAUGAAAGUACUACUUUAGUUAGGUACACAUUUGAUGAAAUUAGGAAAGCAACAAAGAAUUUCUAUAGGUUGAACAUAAUUGGGAGAGGUGGGUAUGGGAAUGUAUACAAAGGGGUAUUGUCGGAUGGCUCUGAAGUUGCGUUAAAGCGGUUCAAGAAUUGCUCGGUGGGAGGCGAUGCGGUUUUCGCCCACAAGGUUGAGGUCAUUGCGAGCGUUCGACACGUGAAUCUCGUGGCUUUGAGAGGGUAUUAUACUGUUACUACUCCUCUAGAAGGCCACCGGAGGAUACUUGUGUGUGAUUUGAUGAGGAAUGGUAGUCUUCAUGACCACCUAUUCGGAUUUGAGGAGACAUUUUUGAAGAUUUAUGAUUGUCGAAGGUGCAAAGAUGGAGCAAAUUCUAGCAAGAAACUGGCACAAGCCAACAUAACCGACGAUUACAACCUUUCUGAGGGAUUGGCAGACAUCAACCUUUCUGCAGUAGUCUCUGAGGCUAACUUGGUAGGCAACCCUAAAGAAUGGUUUAGGCUAGUAUUUGAAUUUGAAAAUUUUCUACUCAUUAAGGCUGUGAUGUAUGUAGGCUGUGGGUAUAUGACUAAUGGGCUUUUUAAGCUCAAUGUGUUAACUGUUGUACCAACUAUUGCUUCUAAUAAUAAGAACUCAUCUUUUGCUUAUAUUGUUGAUUUUUCUUAG